AUGGCAGAACUGGAUGCGUCCACAAAAUCGGAAGAGGAAGCUCCUCUCUUUUUGUUAUCGUCUCAGUCCACGUCUGAGCCCUCGCCCUCUCGUCUACCCGCGAUGCACACUAAGGUCGAACAAAAUUGUGGCCUGGGCGAGCCAGUCAAGCGCCGAUGUCAGACCGAAGCACGCGUACAUCAACAGCCACAACCACAGCCAAAGUAUGAGCAACACCAGCAAUGCCAGCCGCGCCGUCGACAGCUUCCAGUUGAUUCGCCGCACAAGCGCAGGCGAAAAUCAGAUCGGCCCUCGCGCCGCUUGCAUGCGAGCUCUUGGGUCCUUGAUGAGGCCGAACGCGAGACUGAUUCCGAAGCACACGGCGAAUCAGACGAAGACGACGAUGGCCCUUCGACUUCGGAAGAGAAUGACGAUGACCGCGCUGCUGUUGGCGACUUUGAACCGACACAGCGCACUGGGUACCAGCAACAAGCAGUCUACUUGCAAUCGAUGCUGUCGCAACAAGCGCCGACCCCAUUUCGACGCCGUGAUCGGCUUGUCGAGCUGCUGGAAAAGCGUUAUGUCACACAACCGUCUUCUGAGCUUGAGGCCUCAUCGCAGCAUGUAGAUGAGUACUCGCAGGACUCUUUCGUUGUUGAUGACGAUGCUAUUUCAUGGGCGUCUUCAACGAAUGAGUCUAUAGAAUCAAUGUAUCAUAACUAG